AUGCAACAGAUCGGAUGCUACAGAGGUAGGAAGUGCACUGCUGUACGCAUCAAGCAACCCAUGAAAGAGUGUCUGUACAACAGAAAUAAGCGGACGCCCCAAUGCCGAAUACUGAAGGCGAUCGGGCGGUUGGCGCUGUCGACUAGAACGUCGCAAAACUGUAUCGGAUUCAACUGCGGUAACGGGCGGCGUAUUAGGGAGCUCUUGUUCUUCAGAUAUUGGAUCUUCAGCAGGCUCUGGCUCUUCAGUCACAAGCGGAUGUGUUUCAGCGGUAGCAGAGGAAUCUCCAUCUUGAGUACUCCCAUCUUCAUCUGUCGUACUGUGGAGCCUGCUGACAACAGUGGAAGUAGUUCACCUCUGCCCAAGUUUGCAUCAUCACCCAAACCAAACAACAGCUACAUGUUCAAGAGGGAACCUCCGGAGGGCUGCGAAAAGGUCAAAGCCUACGAGGAGAGCUCCAGACAGUCGGCCUCAGCCUCCGCUCCCCUCUUCUCCUGCCCCGACAAGAACAAGGUCAACUUCAUCCCCACGGGUUCAGCCUUCUGCCCGGUCAAACUGCCCGGCUCGCUGCCCCUGCCCCCCAGCGCGGCUCUGCACGGGCCGCCCACACAGGUGUCCACCAGCACCAGCACGGACGAGGGCCCCACAGAGACUGAAGCCCCCCAGACUUAG